UAAACUAAUACCCCAUAGGAUUCGAGUCGACCCUUGACUCCACGCUGCAGCCAGAUCUCUCUCCGUCGCAGCCGUUGCCGUCCGGCAAUCGAGCCCUUGACCUCGCCCAAUCUGCGGGUGCCCGCGGCGGUGGAUUCGCGCCGCCGACGGUGGCGACGCCGUUGCUCAUGGGGUCCUCCGUCUCUCUGCUCACCGUCUCCGCCACCCUCCUCGUCGGCGCCGGAUGCUUCGCCUUAGGUUACCUCCUUGCAUCCGUAUCCGCAUCCCCACCCUCUCCUGGCGGCGACCACAACAAAAGGAGGAAGACGGCCGGCCUCCGCUUCCUCUCCUGGGCUCAGACCGUUGUCUCCAAGGCCAGCGCCGCCGCCGCCGCGGCGGAGACAGUGGACACGGAGAGGACCAGGCAGAAGAAGCCCGCCCUCCUUGAGAUCGAGAACCUCGCCGAUAUCCUCGAAGACUUCAAAAUGGUUCUGGUUGUUAGGAAUGAUUUAAAGAUGGGAAAAGGGAAGAUUGCUGCACAAUGCAGUCAUGCAACUUUAGGUUUGUACAAGAAGCUUCUUCGUAGGGCACCCAAAUCAUUGAGCAGGUGGGAAAUGUGCGGGCAGGUUAAAGUGGUUUUGAAAAUUGAAAGCGAGGAAGAUCUGCUUGUUUUACAAGAAAGAGCAAAAUCACUAAAGCUACCAACCCACGUUACCAUUGACGCAGGGAGAACACAAAUUGCGCCAAAUUCAAGGACAGUAAUGGCUAUUCUUGGACCUGCUGAUGUGGUUGAUGAUGUGACAGGCGGCUUGAAGCUUUUGUAGUGUUGUAUUAUUGACUCAGCAUUCAAGAUAGACAUCUUGCUGAGGAAGCUGAAUGAAAAUCCUGAUUUCCAUUGUUCCUGGCUACUCAGAAAAGCAGGUGGCAUGCACACAGUCUGCUCGAGAGCAGAAAGCCUUUGUUUCCGCUACCCUCGCAAGUUGCAGUUAGCCAUGCUAGAUCCUUAAGCUCCAUUCAUCCCCUAUUGAUUAGCUGUGCAUUUCAUUAAAGGAUCUUUGGUUUGGACUUAUUUAAUUUUAGUAGGUAUGAAACUUUUAAAUGUGGGGGCCGCAUCAAGCACUUGUUUUGUAAGACUUUUUACGUGCAAGGCAUGCAAUGUGCAAUGGUGUUAGCCCCAUGGCUCUCUAGGGAAGAGAUUUGGUAUAAUCCCUACUCUGUAAUCCCAUAAUGAAAUGGCACUUCAUUAAGUCCAGGAUCAUAACUGAA